AUGUAUCUACAAUUCAUUUGUAUCCUUCUACUUAUAAUCCCUGCCACAUCUGCCUUUGUGCAAGGUGAUUGUAUCAGUUGUGAUGCCGCCUUAACGAAACUUUCUUUCCAGUUGUCUCCUGAAGCAGCAAUCUCUUGCAGAAAUUCUCCACUACAGAAGCAGAACGCAAAGCGGUAUUGGGGAAAACAAUACGGCAAGAAUGCGACAAUCGUGGUGUUCCCAGUCACGAAAGAAGAUGUCAGUCAUGCUGUACAGGCUGCUUCGUUUUCGAGAUAUGGAGAACGAGAUCUUGCCUUCGUUUGCGGUGGUCAUGGUCAAACCAACGCCUCAAGCUCCUCGGGUUUCUUGAUUGAUCUCUCGUGGAUGAACUCGACCAAAAUUUUACACAAUCUCAUACUGGAGGAUGUUACGAUAUCCACUGCCAUAGCAUACCAAGGAGGUGCAAUAUGGAAGCAAGUCACGGACACCACAAAUGGAACAGGCUUUACGGCUGUCGGUGCUCGAGUGGGCAGCGUUGGUGUUGGUGGUUUCUCAACUGGUGGAGGCAUAGGAUUUCUGGCUGGCGCAUACGGAUACGCCAUUGAUCGUCUGAGGGCUCUCGAAGUUGUCUUGAUGUCUGGUAAGAUUGUACUUGCCACGAAGACCAAUAGAUACUCGGAUCUGUUUUGGGCCAUGCAAGGCGGAGGCGGACAAUUCGGGAUAGUCACUACUUUUUACCAAGAGGCAGUUCCAGAACCGACUUCCUCGCAGUUUGGCGUUUGGAUUGUCGCCAGAAAAUCAUGGGAGCGAGCUCGACAAAACACCGUGGACUUCUUCCGCUCUAAUAACGAUCCUUACUCGCUCAUGUACUACUCGCUCGGCUAUUAUCCCGAGGACCUUGCAAAAGCGAAGCCGACCACGUUGAUGGUGAUGGUAGGCAUUCAAUUCGCAAAUCCUGAAUGCCACCUCCACAGCCCAUAUGGUCCGAUCCCCAGUCACAUCCGUUGUCAGAAGGGCUUCAACGCGACGUUCUCCGGACUGCUCGACGGUCUUAUCUUGGAAAACAUAUCGACAUACAACGUGCCGUAUGGACAAGCCACUGAGCUUAGUACACUGUUCUUUCCCUAUGGCCAUAGAAGAGGAUUCUGGGGCCCCCAAACCUCGAAUGUCACAAUGCCGUUUGUGGACGCUGCAUCGAAGCAAAUGGAGCUUUACAUCAAUCAGUCGCUGAACAGAGGAGAGUCUCCCGACAGUGCUGUCUGGGUCUUACAAUACAUGUAUCCUGGUCAGAAUGGCCAUGGUCCUACGUCGGAUGAGGCUACUGCAUGGCCACAUACGCAAACCGCCCACCAAACACUGUUCUCGCCUUCCUGGAGAUCUGCCGAGAACGAUGCUUUUGUUGUUCGACACAAUGAUGCGCUGAACCAAAUCACGUAUGACCAUCAGGCAUCGAUUGGACCUUUCAUCGCGGACUAUCCGAAUUACAUCUCACCGAAAGCGGACGGCCAUAGGGUAUGGGGAGACAAUAUCGAAAGACUAAUCAGAAUCAAGGCCAAGUAUGACCCAGAAUGUCGAAUACAUCAGGGAAGAGUCUUUGCCUCUGACACAUGUAUUGAGCGUGGCUGGGCGAAUGUCUAUCCGUGGAAGAGCUAA